AUGGCGGAGGAGUUGGUCCUCAACCUGUAAAACACUUUAGUUUUACAAAACGUACGCGCUACUGCAUUGUUUUAUACUUUCCCUGAGCACCACAGUGCAACCUUCAAGAUGUUUGCUAAGUUUAUGAACAAGAAGGACUUCCAUCCAGGCUCUAAGGCUAACAUCAAAAGGGUCUGGAUGGCAGAACAAAAGCUACUUGCUUCUCAGCAGAAAGAAAAGGAACUAGAGCUUCAAUACAAUAAGGAACAAGAGAGAUUCAAAAACAGGCAAGCCAUCAGUAAUGAUGAAAGAAUCAAGUCUGGUUUGGAUUUCUUAUAUGAUGCCCCUCCUGGUUUUAACAAAGAUCAGAAGGUAUCAGAGGAGGAAGAGGGGGAGGUGAAAUUUGAAUGGCAGCGGGGAGCCCCAAGAGAGGCAUAUGCCAAGAGCUUAGGCAUUGAGGCACGGGAUCAGCCCUUUGGGAUUGCUGUUCGCAAUGUCAAGUGCAUUAAAUGUGGAAAGUGGGGUCACAUCAACACAGACAGAGAGUGUCCACUGUUCAACAAAAGUAAAAAUGCCAAUGUUGAUCCAAGUCUCAUUACAGAUAUUGCUGACCCCAUGAGGCUUUUGAAAGACAUGCAGUCUGAUGGCCUAACAUUAAAACAAAAUGUGUUGGGACGUGUGUUUGAUCCAAGUGACCCAAAUCAGAAAACUGGAUAGACUUGAACGGGAGGAAAUGGAGGCGCAAAGUGGUCACAACAAAAGGAAGAAGAAGAAGGAGAAGAAGAAGAGGAAAAGAAAUUCUUCAUCUGACAGCGAGGAAGAGUCAAAUAAGCAGAGCAAAACGGGAUAUCAUUCCGAAAGUGAUUCAUCCGACUCUGGAGAAGGAAAAAUCAGGAAAAAAUCAAAGAAUGAAGAAAAGAGAAGAAAUUCGAGAGAAUUAGCAGAAAGGGAUUUAGGCGAAAAGUAUAGAAAGCGGAAAGAUACAGAAACAGAUAGACAUCAUGGAGAUAAACACAGACGGUCCAGAGAUGCAGAAAAAGGCAUCCAUAAUCGAGGAGAUACUCGUGGACGAUUAGAAGAUAUUAAGGCAAACAGACACUCAAAGGAAAGUGUAACGGAUCAGCGUAAAGAUCAUGAUAGUCACAGGCAUUCGAGGGAUCUUAAAACGGACAGGCGUCACAGUGAGACAGGCAGGCAUUCGAGAGACAACACAACAACGCGGCAUUCGAGGGAUGAAAGAAGCUAGACAAGCCUUGAUUUAAAAAAGAGCUCUUUCACAGGGUGAAGAUGGCGCUCGGAAGGGAUACCAGUGUUUUCUGGGGUGUACUACAACAAAAGAAGAGCUGUUGGGUUCUAGCCGUGUUCCGUUUGGAUAGCUCUAUGUAAUUUAACGUUGCCUUCGGUUAUGAAUUCGUACCUCUCUAGUAACGCUUAACCAAUAGGCCAUUUCCGAAUUACCUUUGGCCUCUUUUUGAAAACGAGGUUUGAGGUCCGUUUCACGAAAGUCCCGGUACCUUAACGCGCCCGAAGCCACGUUUUCAAAUCAAAAUUUAAAGGAUAGAAAAGCAGAUUCUGGCACAUAAAUCAGUCCAUUUUGUUUCUUUAGCUGAUGGUUUUAUUGUAUUAUUUUCAAAACUUUUGAAAUCCCUAUCUUGAAAGAAAACAAAACUGCUUUACGGGCCCGUUAAGUUACCGGGGCUUUCGAGAAACGAAAAAGCUCAACCAUUGUUAAGAAAACGAGUUUUUUUGCAUGUGAAUGAAAACUUGUCAUCAUAUGAAGGAUGAACACCCGGACUCGCUUUGAAAAAGAGGCUAAAGGUAAUUCGGAAAUGGGCUAUUUAUGUAAUUUAAACUUCAGUAAAGUAAGGAAAAAUUCUGUCAACAAUUUGUACCAAUGUCUAUUUCAAGCAAGUACCGUGCACGUCUUGAUAGAAAACUGAGAAACAGAAGAAAAUUUUUUUUUCGUAGUGAUGUAUUUCGUAGCGACGUCGGGGAUAUUUAAUUUUAAUGUGUACGCAUUUUGAAAUCUUAAUUUAUGACAGUGAAUCCUUGACGCCAGAUUUUCUGACUAGGAACUGAUGACGCCAAAAACCUAUUACCAGUGUUUGAUAACUCGCUAUGAAAUAAGUUUUGUUAACCCACAAAAUCUUGAUAUGCAAACCUUUGCCUUUUAAUCUAAUCAGUAAAAAAGGGAUAAUUCAUUCAUUCGAGCCAGCUGUCGAUGCAUGGAUCAUUUUGUUCAAUUCCCCGCAGUUGAACAACUCGCCAAUGAAAAUAGUGCUUUUGCCAUAUGACAGAAUAAUUAAUGUUAAGAUGAUAAAAGAACGAAGCUCUUUUUCUGGGAAUCAAAAACUGAUGCUGCCGCACCCUAUGAAAGAUCAAACAGAGUUCAUCACUCAGUUGUUGUCUCACAUUUCAGCUGUUAAGCAAUUUUUAUCAUGAGAGAAAUCGUUCAUUUGCAAGCCGGCCAAUGUGGAAAUCAAAUUGGUGCAAAGGUACGUUAGAUUUAUGUGAACGCAAUUUCAAUUUAGUUGCAGAUUUCCCUAAAAUAAAGCCCUUGACACGUCUUGAGAACAAA